GUUAUGUGUUGGUCACAACCACUACGAACAACAAUACAAAAUGACAGAAAUCAAGAGACGAUUGCUAUCCGUGCUCCUAACUCUAAUGAUCAGUCUUUCUACAAGCAAAGCCGGCUCUUCAAAGUGUUAUACGCCAGAAACUAUAGAUUAUUCUCUGAGGGGAGAGUUUUGUGAUCAGCCCAUAUUCUCUGUGGUUGUUCCUAAGACUGAAGAGUUCAUUCUGCUGGACAACAUAUGUUACACGUACUUCCCUCUGCCAGACGAUCCCUCAACAUUUACCCUUUAUGAGGCCCGAGUCUAUUGUGACGGAUCGUUCACAGUAACUACUAACGUUGCUACCGAGAUCGGCAUUGGGCAGUCUAUAAUUGCAAAUCCGUACGGCACGGUACGUGACUACAUCAUUGGAUACGCUGGCUGCGAUACUUACCUGGUGUAUCGAUGCUUUGUGUUUGGAGCGGAAGAGCCUGAUUAUAUUGCUGGGUUCUCCCCCAAAUGUCAACCCAUCGGAUUGUCUUGCCUGCGAAAAGUCAAAGAGAUCAUCAGCGAGAGAGGACUACCUGAAGUUGACUACUACAUUCUGCCCAACAAACUACCCAAUAGAUGUGUAACACAACAGCUGUGUAUACAACCACCCAAUCCCUUCUACAAUAACCUACAUAGUGUGGCCAAAUUGUAGAGAUGAACUUGAAACUACUUAAAGUAUGUGUAAAUAAUCAUUAAUCUUUUUAAUAUACGCUCGAAACAGAUGAUAACUUUCAAAGUGCUGCAUUGAGCCGGGUUCGUGUCUUUACUGGGUAAAUGAUCUUAUUCAAAUAUCUUUUGUUCGGAUGAAAACGCAUUCGAAUAAAAAGUUAGGGAUUGAAAAUAAUGUGCUACUAUUUGAAAAAAAUCCGAUUCUGUCAUAAACAAAUAUUAGUAUCCUUUGAAUUUUUUAUUUAAUCGGUCAUGAUGCAUUUUGGGUGUGAUAAAAAAUAUUUAAGAAAUUGUGAUUUCUAAUAUUGUGAUAAAAAAUAUCCUGUAAAAUAAAAUAUUUUUUGCAUCUUAAAUCAUACGUCAAGUGCUACGACCAACCACAUUAUUAUGAAAAUAUGGUGUAAAAUUCCUCAAAAGGUGUAAAUUUUACUUACUUUACAUUCACUAAAGAGUUUCAUUAUGUUAUUAGAAUUUAAUUUUAACUAGCUGUCACCCACGGGAUUCACCCCGUUUGACCUCAUAAGUACUGUAUUAAUAAAAUUAUUGAUUGGUUAAAGUUAAGCUGAAAUAAACAAAACAGGAUACAGUAAUACAAACAAAUAAGUACAGCUGAGGUAUUUUUAACAUUAGGUGGAAAGUUCCCUUUAGAAAGAACUUACGAACUUAAAGGGCAAUUUAUGAAAUAAUGGAUAGUUUUGCGCAAGGUUUCUCGUCAUGAAGAACAUUUUAAGUAUAUGGUUUAUGGGGGUGUGACUUGUAGUUUUCUCAAAAGUUCAUGGGUACUUUUGGCUUUAUAUAUAGAUAAUUGGUUUCGCAAUACCUGUUAUUUCUAAAUUGAAACUUACGUCAAAGUAUGUACGUCAAAGUACAUGUUUCGGCAAGCUGGCAUUUUCAAGCACACAGUUCAGAAACAAACAUUAAAUCCGCUUGUAAAGCUUCGUUGUUGUUCACACACACGAUACAUACAUUUAACAUACGAGGUAUAAAUUAAUACUUUUAGUUUGAUAGACCUGUCACGGGUACGCAUCGUUGCUGUUACACGAUCGGGAUUACUUCGGUUCGACAGGAAAUGUGAAACCAGUUAGUCAAUAUUACAGUUCCGGAGCUACUAUAAUGAAUUUUAAUGAAUUUAAUUUGUCAAAAAUGCAACUGUCUAAAUAAGUUUUUACGUACAAAGGCUUAGCGAGCUUAGAAUAUUACAUAGGAAAUCUUUCAUCAUGUCUAGUAAAAAGUAUCAGAUCCCAAAAAGUCAUGAAAGUUUGAUUACUAGUCUUGGUGACAAAUAGCUGCAAUAUCUCUUAGAUAUUGAUAACUUAAAUUUUUCACAACUGUGGAUUUCAUCAUUAAAAUAUAUAAAUUUAAA